AUGUCGACGGGGGGCGCGACCUACUCGGGCUCUACGGGGCAGGGCGCUUCGGGCUAUGGGUCGCUACGAGGCGCGCGGGUGGUACUGGAGGUACUGGAGCUACAGGGCCUGGAGGUGCUCGUGGUGCUGGAGCUGCUGGCGGUACUGGAGCUGGCGGUCCUGCUGGAGUUGGAGCUGCUGGAGCUGGAGCUGCUGAGGGUGCUGGCGCUGGAGGUGCUGCUGGCGCUGGUGCUUUUGAGGGUGCUGGAGUUGGCGCUGUUGGAGCUGGAGGUGCUGCUGGCGCUGGUGCUGCCGCUCGGGGUACUGGUGCUGUCCCUGCUGGUUCUGGAGGCGCUGCGCGGCCGCGGCCGUACUUCGUUCCGCUCCUUGAGCAGGUUCUUGGUCUUCCGCCUUCUACUGGUCCUGCUCCUCCCUUAG